UGCUUUUGUGAUUGCCCUUUAUAAUGUUACAAUUUACAUAAGCUCGAAAUAUCUAAACAAUAUAGGUUUUUCAUCUUGAAGCACAAAAAAAAAAAAAGAUUAUAAGUAAUAAUCAACAAAUCCAUGAAAGCUCUUACUUUAAUCCUUGCAUUCUCCAUUAUCAUUGCUUACUCAUCUGCAACACCAACAUUGGUCACUCUCCUUCAAUCUCAAAUGAAUCAAUAUUCCACACUUAACCUUACCCAACAUCGAAUUAAUGAGACUAAACUGAUGGGAAUGUGCUCUUAUAGAAUCACCAUAAAGACAAACUGCAAUUCUCCAAAAUAUUCAAAAAAUACAAUUGGUAUUUUAUUUGGAGAUGCUGAUGGCAAAGAGAUUACAGUUUUAAAAGUAGAUUCUGAGCCUGAGUUGUUUGAGCGAUGCAAGACACUCAUAUACGACGUAUUGGAACAUUGUAUUGGAAAAAUAUGCAAAUUGUAUGUAGCUAGGAUUGGAUCAGAUGGUUGGAUGCCUGAGACAAUCGUUGUCUACGACCAUAAUGAUCCACCUAUCAGUUUCAACUACAAUUAUUUCAUUCCUGAGGGUAUACGUCGGGGCUCCAAUUAUUGCGGACAUCAAAUUUAGUGUUAUAUACCUUAAACGCAUUUCUUUUCUUCAAACAAAAAAAAAAUGUGUAUUGCAUCAUGUCUAAGAUCAAAUUUCCAAUAGUAUAUAAAAGUAGUGAGUUGGUCCCUGUAAGUUAGCGUGUUUUUUUAUUUUCGUCUUGAAGGAUAGAAAAACACUUAGAAAGGGGGGGUUUGAAUAAGUGUAGUCUAAAAACUUGAACGAUAAAAACAAUUUGCACAGUUAUUUUUAUCCUGGUUCGUUGUUAACUAAACUA